UCUUCAGUGCAGUUGGCGACCCGUCGUCACAGUGUCUUCGAGUUCACUAGUCUGUGUGUAUGCGUCAACAAUGAAGUACUGUUAUAUUUUGCUGGUUACGUUGGUCUCAGUUUUUGCUGAAGAUGCCGAAAACGUCCUUCUGCGUAGCAACAGUUUAUUCAGCGCAAAAUUGUACCAAGAAAUGCUAAAAUCCUCUGAAGAGAACUUCCUCGUCAGUCCCUUCUCAGCAGAAGUUAUCUUUGCGUUAGUUGAAACUGGCGCCAAAAACGAAACUGCGGCAGAACUAAGAAAGUCUUUACAACUACCAGAAGAAUCCAAGAUUAAAGAAGAAUUUAAAAAGCUUCUAUCUGAUUUUAUAGUACACAAUGAAAAUUAUAUAGUAGCUACUGCUAACAAAGUAUACAUCCGAGACAAUUUUCCCAUCAAAGAAGAAUUCAAAACAAUCGCCACCAACUACUUCAGUUCUUAUUUAGAAAACAUUAAUUUUAAAAACGGUACUGCAGCCGCUCAAACUAUAAACAAAUGGAUCGAAGAACAAACUGACAACAAAAUACGUGAUUUAAUAACUUCAGAUGCACUAAGUGAAGCGACUGCUGCAGUUCUCAUUAACGCCUUGUACUUUAAAGCAAGAUGGCUGACUCCAUUUUUCCUUCCAUCUACUAGAAAAAACAAGUUCCACUUGAAAGCAGGAAAAUUCGUUGAGGUUGACACAAUGUACGAAGUUUUAACCGAAUAUAAAUAUUUCGAAAACGCUGAGCUAAAUGCCAAGUUUUUGGAAAUGCCGUUUGAGAACGAAGAAGCCACGAUGACGUUUGUUCUUCCGAACGAAAUUGACGGUUUGGAGAAACUAGAAAGCCAGAUAAACAAAGUGUUUGAGCCGCAGAAUUUUGAAAAAGUUUACGUUAACGUCUCGGUUCCUAAGUUCAAAAUUGAAAGUACGGUGGAUUUUAAACAAGUUUUGCAAAAUUUGGGUGUAAAGAAAGCUUUCAUCGAAGGAGAAGCGGAUUUCAGUGGUAUUAGUGAUAACAAGUUGGUGAUUAGCGAUGCUCUCCAGAAGACGUUCAUAGAUGUCAAUGAGCAGGGAGUCGAGGCAGCAGCUUCGACUUAUAUUCGUUUAGUGGAAUAUUUUGGAUUGGAUGCGCCCACCAAGGACUUCCAUGCCAAUCACCCUUUUAUUUAUUAUAUAAAAGUUAAAGGUUUCGUUUUGUUCGCUGGAAGAGUAAUAAUGCCAACUUACUAGACGUUUCAUAUUUUUUUAUGUAGUUUUUUUUUAUUAUUUCAAUAAAAUAUACACAAGGAUA